GGGGCUAUGGAUGGGGCUGGAGGUCCCGACAACCUGCCAUCCUGAAAGGAUCCGGAACAUCACAAAAUCAACGCACCCUCCUGGUAACCCUUCAGUUCUCACAAAAUUGAUUUUUCUCCAGUCUUUCUCUUGAAAUCCAACACCAUGAUGCGAUCCCUGUACGCCGUUGUUUUUGCCCUUGCUCUUGCAAGCACACAAGCUUUGAGCUUUAACCAAGCCUUCACCGUGCGAGAGCAAAAGUCGGGUCCUUCACACUUAACCCGAGAGCUGGGAGGAAAGAACCAUGUUGCUCCCGAAGAAGUCACUCGCGAGGGAAUCUACACCUAUUCUUCCGCCGCUGCCGGACCUGCCAUGAUGAAUUUCCCCAAGCCCAAGACCAAGCAAGUCAUUGUGGAUGGAUACUUCAUCGACACUGGCAAAGGAUUCGAGAUGCAGCUGGCUGAAAUGUCUCCUUACCCUGGUCAGCAGGCGGCUUGGGCAUCCACCCCUGAACAACACGGCGCUGCUUUGGGCUGGGCUGGCAAGGACAUUAGCGGAGGAAAGUCCAACCCUGUCGGAUAUUAAAUUUGUGUCUCUCCCGUGUCCA